UGUCAUUAUUUCCCAAAAGUAUUGUUUUUGCUAAUCAGAUUAGAUUCAAGGCCGCUGUUUAAGUCAGAAACUACUACAGGGUUAAAGCAGUUGAACAGAUUUGAGUUCCUGAAUAUAGAUCUGAAGCAGUUUGGAGAAGUUAAGAAAGAAGUUGAAAGGAAUGGUGAAAAAAGCGCUAUUACAUUAAUAAAGCCCUUAAACACCAAAAACAUGAGCAAAAGUCGAAAUAUAUACCUAGCCAAGCGUGUACAGACGGCAAAGCAACGGUCAAAAGUUAAUGAAAUACUUCAAAUCCAGGACACAGAGAAUUACUUCAAAAAGCCAAUUCCCAAGCAGUCUGUGUUCACUUCCAAAACUAUGAAACUCAAGCCUGAAAUGGUCAAGAAUCCUAAGGAAAGGAAUAUAAUAGGUACAAUUAGCAAAUUUUACGACCAAAAGCAGAAGCAAAAGACCAAGUUUACAAAGCAAUGGAAGAUGACUAAGAAAGAGUACAAAUCCUUUGCUAACCCCUAUAGCACAUUAUGUAGUGAGAGAGGCCUACGAGUAAGCAGAGCCUUUUCAGAAAUCAAUGACCGUGAGACCUUCAACUUCAGGUUCUCGUCCUCAAACCAUCGGGCCAAGGCUAAGAAAGAGAAGAUGAAAGAAUUCACCCUUUUUAAUAAUAAAUAAGCUGAAAAGAGCUAUCCAGGAUCUAAAGGAGCGCGUCAAGAAAGACCAAACUUAUUAUACCAAAACUUUGACACAGAACACCAAGAAGCCAGGUACUAGGGAUAAGGUGAAUUUUGACACUACUGCUCUGCAGAGGUAUUCCCAGACCCAACAGCAAUGGAGGUUACAGGCCAAAAAUAUGCAAAAAUAAGUCAAGAAGACCUAAAUCUCAAGCAGACUUGUUUUCUCGAUCUGAAAAGUUUAUCGAGAAACAGUCUCUAAAUAGAGAUAAUGCUCACCUCUACAAAGAUCUCAGCAUGAAGGUUUUUGACUGGGCUAGAAGUCUCCGUCAGUCAGGAGAUGAGUACUGUGAUACGUAUAUCCCAGUAGGGGUUCAUCCUUGCCAGAUCUACUCUAAGAUUCCUGGCAUGUCCAGGAACAGAAGUGAUUUGCAGGUGAAACCAGAAGAUAUGAUGGCUGAUGUUAAAGACUCUACUGACAAUAAACCGAAAGGUAGUUAUUACGCGCUUAAGAUCAACACCAAGAGACUGCACUGAAUUGAUAAAGCAGGCAAGUUGUUCGUAAAAGGGUUCAAUAAGAUUGAUAAAGAAAUCCAAUAUGCAACCUCUAUUCCAGAAAACACCAGAUUCUUAGUAUCCACUCCUAACGAGGAUAUCAAAAGUGUCGGCUUUGGAGAUGAGGACGAACUGGGAAUGACAAAUGAAUAAAAAUGGAAUAAUUUUGAUUAGAUUUCAUAAAUUUUAACCAA